AAGCACUUCUACAUUCACAAUUGCAGUUGUUCACAAUCUCACACCAACAAAUCUCUGGAACCCAACAUGGAUUCGAGGAUGAUGGGCUUCGAUUCUCCACUCUUCUCUGCCCUCCAACACAUGCUCGACGCCACCGAUGAUUCUGACAAGUCCGUCAGCGCCCCCACUCGCACCUACGUCCGCGACGCCAAGGCCAUGGCGGCGACGCCUGCUGACGUCAAGGAGUACCCGAAUUCCUACACCUUCGUCGUCGACAUGCCGGGGCUGAAGUCCGGCGACAUCAAGGUUCAGGUGGAGGACGACAAUGUGCUGGUGAUCAGCGGAGAGAGGAAGCGCGAGGAAGAGAAGGAAGGCGUCAAGUACGUGAGAAUGGAGAGGAGGGUAGGCAAGUUUAUGAGGAAGUUUGCGUUGCCAGAGAAUGCGAAUACUGAUAAGAUCUCCGCGGUUUGUCAAGAUGGAGUACUGACCGUCACCGUUGAGAAGCUACCACCGCCGGAGCCCAAGAAGCCCAAGACCAUUGAGGUCAAGAUCGCUUAAAUAUCCGUGAUUUCUGACUGGGUAAUCGCCGAUAAGCUGGUCUAAUUGGGAUUUCUGUGAAUUUGGUCUGGGUAUGAUAUUGGGUCAUUGGCUUCUACAUAGAAGCUGAUUAUUUAUUUAUAAAUAUUGUAGUUUUGAGUAUGAAUAAAAAUCCUGCUCUGUUUUUCUUCUUCUUUGGUGUAUCUCUCUUCUGGUUGGAAGCUUCAUUGUAUGCGUGGAGAAGAUGGGAAAACUGAUCUUCCUAAGAAAUAUUACCCUGAAAUUAUAAGGUUUUUGUAAGAUUUAAGAGUGAUUGAACAAAAGUUUUAUUUUA